CGCCCAAACUAUUUAGUGAGACUUCCUCCAUCCUUCUCCAUUCCACUCCGGUUUUUUAACCUGGAUGUGACGUCCUAAAGAACCCGACGGAAAUAGAACGGAAGGAGGUGUAAAAUGGCGAACCGUACUGUAAAAGAUGCGCACAGCAUCCACGGCACCAACCCUCAGUAUCUGGUGGAGAAGAUCAUUCGGACGCGCAUUUAUGAGUCCAAAUACUGGAAAGAGGAGUGCUUUGGCCUUACAGCUGAACUUGUUGUCGAUAAAGCCAUGGAGUUAAGAUUUGUGGGUGGUGUCUAUGGUGGCAACAUAAAGCCAACUCCCUUUCUGUGUUUGACCUUGAAGAUGCUUCAGAUUCAACCUGAGAAGGAUAUCAUUGUAGAGUUUAUCAAAAAUGAAGAUUUCAAGUAUGUCCGCAUGUUGGGAGCACUUUACAUGAGGUUGACAGGCACUGCAAUUGAUUGCUAUAAGUACUUGGAGCCUCUAUACAACGACUAUAGAAAAAUCAAGAGCCAGAACCGAAAUGGAGAGUUUGAACUGAUGCAUGUGGAUGAAUUUAUUGAUGAACUACUGCACAGUGAGAGAGUCUGUGAUAUCAUUCUGCCCCGGCUACAGAAACGCUAUGUGCUAGAGGAAGCUGAGCAACUGGAGCCUCGGGUUAGUGCUCUAGAAGAAGACAUGGAUGACGUGGAGUCCAGCGAAGAGGAGGAAGAAGAGGAUGAGAAGUUGGAAAGAGUGCCAUCACCUGAUCACCGCCGGAGAAGCUACCGAGACUUGGACAAGCCCCGGCGCUCUCCCACACUACGCUAUCGGAGGAGUAGGAGUCGGUCUCCCAGAAGGCGGAGUCGGUCUCCCAAAAGAAGGAGCCCCUCCCCUCGCCGAGAAAGGCAUCGGAGCAAGAGUCCAAGACGUCAUCGCAGCAGGUCCCGAGACAGACGGCAUAGAUCCCGCUCCAAGUCUCCGGGUCAUCACCGUAGUCACAGACACAGGAGCCACUCAAAGUCUCCUGAAAGAUCUAAGAAAAGCCACAAGAAGAGCCGGAGAGGGAAUGAGUAACAGACUCAGUUUGGUUUUAGUCCAAGUGGCCUUCUGUGGAGAUAAAGGCAUCUGUCUAUGUGCAAGAAUGAAGAUCUACUCCCCAGGCAGCUAUGAGAAUAUUCUGGAUUUUUUUUUUUUUUUUUUUUUUACCAAAAGUUUCUUCACUUUUUCUUUUUUAAAUGAAAGAGGUGCUGAGUUUUGUAUCUUGUUUUGAAUCAUAAUCCACAUGUUUGUUUGAGUGAUAAUGCUUCCUAAGGGCUGCUUUUGACCUCUUUGUACAACCAACCUUGUUUGUACUCAAAUUUAUGAGGGUAGAAUGGACUGGAACAGAAGGUAUGAAACAAGGGGAGGAUGUGGCCACCUGGUGACCCUCUUGUUAUUAAAUUUGACACACCCAUUUCCUGUUUUUCUGUGGUUUAGUUUUGGUUUACACUGUGAUUAGAACUGUUCUGAGAAUCCUGAGAUUUGUGCUGCUGCUUGCUGUACCGUUAAAAAACCAAGUCAGUAAAAUAUAUUAGCUCCAAGUUUUAUUUCUAGCAGCAGCAAGUGGUAAUAAACAUGAAAACUGACUGGUUAGCAGCAGCUUUAUAAGAAAAGAAUGAAUUCAGUUUGUAAGGCUUCUUCUGGAUCAUUUAACAGUUGCACUGAAUGUUCAACAAACAGUAAAACUUAACACUUUUUAUAUAGCGUUCUUCCACAGUGUUGUUUCUUCUUCCUCACAGCCUUGAAUUCCAGAUUAAGGUGCUCAGCGCCUUUAUACUACGGGCAUUGACAUUAUCAAAUCUAGACAGUAGUAGUACGGCAACUAGGUUGAAAAAAUUUGAUGGAGAGAAAAGUAUCUAAUGCCACUCAGGGUUUUAACCUGAAUUGCUGGACAACAGCACCAUUCACAUAACCAGAAAAUACAGCAGGAAGAGACCAGGUUUUAGAGGGGUAGGUAAGGUAGUGAGGGUUGUGGUAGUAGUGAAAAUGAUGCAUUCAGUUUAACUUGAAGUUUAAUUUGAGACAGCUAAGGUAUAUCUAGAUAAAGCCCAUACAUCGUAAAUAAAAGCACAGUGAUCCAACCCUGAAUUGAGGUAAUUGUGGAAGGUGUAGAAUUGAAUGCAGUGCCCAGGGAGAUGUAUGUAUAUGUAAGAAAAGCCAGUAAUAGAAUCAUAGGCAACACCAACACUGUUGAGGAAGAAGUGCAAACACCGAUUGAAAACUGAAAUGAAUCAUUCAGAAAGGUAGAGGAAAUAGAGUGGGUUUAGAAGCUAAGGACACAGAAGUAAAAUAAGGACUGAAUAGUGUCCACGGGUAUUGAUAAUCAAGAGGGUGUUGGGGUCUUUGCUAGAAGAGUUUUGUCUACCUGUUCUUACCUUUCCUCCUUUAAAAAGGAAAAAAUGAUCAAAUGAUUUCCUGCAGCUCUGUCCUUGGCAAGAAUUGUGAAGACCAGCUGCCUCACAGGAUCCAGUUUCUUGGGAAGUCAUAUUUGGUCAUAGGAUAAACAUCCUAUUGCUUGCUGUUGAACUUAAGGACUUUUGCAUCAAUAUUAAAGCAUUUUGGGAUCAUAUUUGAGAUUUCAUGUUCUUCACUGAUUGCUCUCCUGAUAAUAUCUGAGCUAAUGUUGUCCAUAAGAGCUAUUAUGGUUCAUCAUACAACUAUAUAUAGGACUGCCUUUAAAAAUUAAAUAUAAGCACCUCUAUUUGUAUCUGCUAUAGAGUCCUAGCAGUUAUUUCUUUAUCAAAGUGUUCUAAAUGGAAAGAAAUGUAUGCUGGCUGAAUGACCUUUGGACCAACCAAGUCAUCAUCCAGUAUACUGUUAAAAUAAAAUUUUAAAAGUAUACUUUAUUAUUAAACUAUAAAAAUUUAGAAACCCACCCCAAAACCCCAAUAA